GUUAAGGAGUUGAGUCAACAAUGUAAUACCAUCUGUGACUCUGUGAGUAUAUUUUGAAAUAGAUAGUACAGGAUGAGUUGCUUAUCUACACUGGAUACAUUCCAAAACUUUUCAACCAAAUAGUUAUGGUUAAUAAUUUUCAGGCCUUAAAAUUUAGAUUCUGCUUGACCGGGCCUAAUGAUUGUUUCGCAGCUCAUGUGGGGAGGGUUUUGUUUAUAACAAAUAGGAAUGCUCGCUUUCUUUCUUUCCCAUUUCAAGCUUCAAAUCAUUUUCCCCAUCCGCUCGAGUAACCUUCACUUGUUCAACCAUAUUCAUUUUAAAUUCUUUACCAACGCCACUUGUAAUAUUGCCGCCUGCAAUGUCGAGAUUAGUCGUCUUUCCCGUGCCGGCAAUGUCGAAGCUGCCCGGAAAGUGUUUGAUGAAAUGCCUCACAGAGACGUGGUUUCAUGGAACUCUAUCAUAACAGCUUACUGGCAAAAUGGGUUCCUCCAAGAAUCCAAGACCUUGUUCCACUCUAUGCCUUCAAGAAAUGUGGUGUCUUGGAACUCAAUAAUCUCGGGUUGCAUUCAACAUGAUAAUGCAGAUGAUGCUUAUGAGUAUUUUACAUCCAUGCCUGAGAGGAAUACUGCUUCUUACAAUACAAUGUUAUCCGGCUUUGUUCGGUCCAGGAGGAUACAAGAGGCUUGCAGGCUAUUUGAAAUAAUGCCGAGGAGGAACGUCGUAUCUUAUACUUCUAUGAUUGAUGGGUAUAUGCAGUUUGGGGAUGUUGAGCAAGCAAGGUCAUUAUUUGAAAUUAUGCCAUGUAGAAAUGUGGUAUCUUGGACUGUGAUGAUUAGGGGGUAUGUGGACAAUGGAAGAUUUGAAGAGGCUAAUGAGCUUUUUAGAAAGAUGCCGGAAAAGAAUGUUAUUGCAACCACAGCUAUGAUCACUGGUUUUUGUAAAGAGGGGAGGAUGGAGGAGGCUAGGGUUCUGUUUGAUAAACUUCGGUUUAGGGAUUGCGUUUCAUAUAAUGCAAUCAUAUCAGGCUAUGCAAAAAACGGAAGCAGUGAGAAGGCACUGAAGGUACAUAUACAAAUGCUCGCAACAGGCUUGCAACCUGAUCAUGCUACAUUUAUUUCAGUUCUUACGGCAUGUUCAAAUCUUGCAUCACAGAGCGAAGGAACACAAACUCACGCACUUGUUCUAAAACAUGGGUUUAGCUCACAUGUGUCCAUAUGUAAUGCUCUAAUUAGUAUGUACAGCAGAUGUGGUCGUAUAUAUGACUCUGUUUCAGCGUUUGGACAUGUAAGAAGUCCAAAUAUUGUUUCCUGGAACACCAUUAUAGCUGCUUUCGCACAACAUGGACUCUAUGAGCACGCUCUUACUUACUUUAAGCAGAUGCAGUUGAAUGGCUUUGAACCAGAUGGCCUAACAUUUCUUAGUAUGUUUUCUGCUUGUGGCCAUGCUGGAAUGGUGGAUGAGAGUAUGAAGUGGUUUGACUUAAUGGAAAGUAAAUACAAAGUUACACCUUCAUCGGAGCACUAUGCUUGCUUAGUUCACAUGUUGGGCCGAGCUGGUCAGUUGGAAAAAGCCUACUUGCUGAUCCAACAAAUGCCUUAUGAAGCUGACUCAGGGGUUUGGGGUGCACUUCUUUCAGCUUGUCGUGCUAAUCUAAACGUAGAACUAGGACAAAUUGCUGCUGAAAAAUUUCUCAAGCUGGAGCCAGAUAAUUCUGCUGCGUACGUUAUGCUGUCGAAUAUGUAUGCUGCACGUGGUAUGUGGAAAGAAGUUACCUAUGUGAGAGGCUUGAUGAAACAGCAUGGAGUUAACAAGCAACCUGCGUAUAGUUGGAUGGACGUUGGAAAUGAAGUACAUUCUUUUCUGGGAGGUGAUAUAUCACACCCAUCUAUUGAAGACAUACACACAGAGCUUAAGCAGAUAAACCGACAAAUGGAAGACAAGGACAGAAUGCACCUAGCUUUGUCACAGAGCUAUAUCAAUGAAAUAGACCUCUAUUCAUGAAGUACAUGAUUUGAUCAACAUCAAAAAGGUAUGUUUUGAAUAUCUAGUGUAGCCCUAACUGUAACUCUAGUGAGCAAUGAUCAUAUUAAACAGUUUGAGCAUGCAAUAACCAAGUGUAAAUGUAUGCUUAUAUUGAAGGUGUAUGAUCCACCUAUGUCAUAUAUUUAGGUAAUCUCACAACCAUUACAAAAAGUGCAGAGCGCUUAAUAAGUGUUCAUCUACUUGGCUUUUUUGGAGGAGUCUGAAAUAAAUUUGUAUAAGCUAAUUGUUAUAUUAAUGUUGGAGUCGGUGCAACUAUGGUCCAACAAAGUGAUACAAAAGCUGCAGGCUGAAGCUUCAGAAGAUGAUGUCUAGGUUAGCAGGUUGCAAUUGCUUGUGUCGAAAGUCCUCUUUCCCAUUGUGGUCAUCAGGUAACACAUCUCAGUAACGGAUAGCAAAGGCCAGUCAUAAUUGCCUCAGAUACAUCAAAAUAGUAAUUGUUAAUAAUCAGGCAUAUCGUGGACAAUUAUUUACACCGAAUUCAAAGGAGAUAAAAAGGAAAUUAGGUGAUUUUGUUUUUCGUUUUUUAA